CACUCGACCAAAAUACAACGUCGUUCACAUGGCAGGUGUAAAAUGCUGCGUAAACGAGUGUGAAGUCGACUAGCAGCCUCUUCGAAUGACUCUCAUCCCCUUGAGUGCUUCCAUGGCGCUCUUGGGUCGCUCGGAAAUUUUGGUAACCGACAACUCUACUGAGAAUCAGAGUAACAAGUCCAUUCUUCAACACCUCUACUUCAUCAUCGCUGUCAUUAUAGCGCUCCUCCUGGUGGCUUCCAGAUUAUAUUUCUUGCGAAGGAGGAACCGAUCUGCCAAAGAAUUCUUCUCUAUCGGGCCGUCAAAUUCUUACCACUCUGAGGCUCCUGGAAACGAUACAUUCAGUUCUUCAUACCAACCCUCUCGUCUGAUGCCUCUCGCCCCUCUCCCAUCGGUUCAUCGUCCUAAUCGCAGAGUAAAUGCUGCGGAUACUGAUUCUGCCGGGCGCAGAUUUGGAGGACCUGAUGAUCCAGAUUGGGAUGGGAAAGAUAUCCUUCCUGCUUACAAUAAAUUUGAUCGCCCUCCCAAGUACGACUUCAGUGGAGUGGCCGCUCAAGGAUAUAUUCCACCCGCUGAGAAUCACCCACGCGACAACGCAGUUGUGGCAAGCACUGAAGCCAUUCCUGUUGUGGAAGAUCAAAACCUGGCUUCCGUUGGGACGGAUCGCUCUGAUGGGGUUGAUUCCGCUCCGUCUGCUCCGCGCCACGAAUAUCUACAGGCACAUAGCUAAUGUUAUGAUUUGUAAUCGUUACAUUACUUUGGACGUUGCACAGACUUUGGAUACGCUGUAGUAUACUUUACCACCAGGUGUCAUUUACGUUUUUUCUAAUACGAUCCUGCGGGUUGUGAUACAUCACCGAUUAUU